AUGGUGCUGGCGCAGCUGGGAGAGAGCCUCGUCGGCGCGCUGGCGCGGAUGGCCAAGGCGACGGUGGUGGACGACAAGGUGGUGCUGGACUGCCUCAACGACGUCUCGCGCGCGCUUCUGCAGGCCGAUGUCCGCUUCGAGACGGUCCGGGCCGUGCAGGCCAGCAUCAGGAGCGCCGUCAACCUCCAGUCCCUCGCCGCCGGCACCGACAGGCGCCGCGCCAUCAAGCAUGCGGUCGUCGACGAGCUGCGCAGGAUGCUGGACCCCGCGGCCGGGAGCGGGAAGCCGCCCUGCUUCGUCCCAAGGAAAGGGAGGAAGCCCGCCAGCGUGGUCAUGUUCGUCGGCCUGCAGGGCUCCGGCAAGACCACCACCUGCGUCAAGUACGCGGACUACCACCGCCGGACGGGGUUCAGCCCCGCGCUGGUGUGCGCCGACACGUUCCGGGCCGGCGCCCUGGACCAGCUGAGGCAGAACGCGGCCAAGGCCGGCAUCCCUUUCUACGGAUCCUAUACGGAGUCAGACCCUGUGAGGGUCGCCGUCGAGGGCGUGGACAGGUUCAGGAACGACCAAGCUGCUGAGGGAUGCGACCUCAUCGUCGUCGACACGAGCGGGCGCCACAGCCAGGAGGCCGCUCUCCUGGAGGAGAUGCGUCAGCUCGCGGAGGCCACGCGGCCGGACCUGGUGGUGCUCGUCAUGGACGCCAGCAUCGGCCAGGCCGCGUUCCACCAGGCGCUGGCGUUCAAGCAGAGCGUCGAGGUUGGCGCCGUCAUCGUCACCAAGAUGGACGGCCACGCCAAGGGCGGCGGCGCGCUCAGCGCGGUUGCAGCUACAAAAAGCCCCGUCAUAUUCAUCGGCACCGGGGAGCAUAUCGCAGACCUGGAGGCCUUCGACGCCAGGUCCUUUGUGAGUCGUCUGCUAGGCAUGGGAUACUUGCCUGGCUUCAUGGACAAGAUCGAGGACGCCAUGACGAUGCCCAUGCCCAUGCCUCCUGAUCAAGGACAAGGACUGGAGCAGCUUCUGCACGAGCUGACGACGGUUAAAGGAGCCAGCUUCACUUUCACUCUCAGGGCUCUGUACAGUCUGUUCCGGUUAGUGCAGAGCACGGGUCCUCUAAGGCAUCUCGUCUCCUUCCUACCAGCUGGAUUAUUGGGAGACAAGGGGAAGCAGGAGGAGGAAGGGCAGCAGGCCAAGAUCAAGAGGUACAUGACGAUGAUGGACUCCAUGAGUGCUGCAGAGCUUGAUGGGGCCGACCCGAUGAAGAUGAUGAUGACGAAACAGCAGCAGUCACGGAUCAACCGGGUCGCUCGGGGCUCCGGCAGGCCCGUCAGCCAAGUAGUGGAACUGCUGGAGGAGCACAAGCGAAUGGCCAAAAUGUUGAGCAAAUUCGCGCCUGCCCACGUCAAGAGACCUAACAAUAAACAUAUAAAGCGUAGAUUCAACACGUCUUGCUGA